GACCCUUUCGUAUAUAUUGGGACAAUCAGUGAUUGUGACGCGUAUCCCUAUCUUUCCUAGUUAUUGCUGUCCUGUUCACCUGAACAACGCACAAGCGAAUAUCUAUUGAAAUCCAUUCUAACAGAUCCUGUUCUGCCUUUGAACUUAAUGCUUUACUUAGACCAGCGAAGCUGCAGGGUUGGGGUCCCGAGAUACUCGAAGGGUAAAUCGUACCGGUCCUUACAUUGACGAGCCGAAUAUUGAGAUGCAAUGGGCUGAACAUUGUUUCCGUGAUGCAGAAGCUUAUUUUCGCUUACUUUGUUCAGUCUCUGAUCCUUCACAAUUAAGACUGACUGCCAUAGAUGAAUUCAUAUUCGAAAAAUUUAUGGGAGAGUUUAGUGAUAUACAAUUAGAUGUUAUUUCUGAAGAUUCUUUGAAAUCGGAGCAAUCAAAAGCAAAAUGGCGAAUAUUUUGCAAUGAAUUUGAAAGGAAAGUUGAAGAUUUCAACUUCGGUACUUUAUUGAGACUUGAUGCCUCAAAAGGAUACUGUCCAGAAAACACUUGCAUCGUUCCUAGAAUACAGUUCCUUGCCUUAGAAAUCGCACGUAAUCGCCUUGGGAUCAAUAACACUGAGAAGCUCAGACAAAUACAGGGAUAAAUCUGUACAUAUCUUGUAUAUUUUUUCUAUAAAACUUUGUAAUCGGCCUUGUUUAAAGACUUUAUUGGGAUUUUAAGGAUGACAAAACGAGGCUCACUACAUGUAUGAAUACUUCUUAAUAAAUUUACAAACAACUAUGCUACUGAUCACCAUACUUUGUUAAUCAACCUCAUAAAUAAUUAUUCCCACAUUACUUUAUUCAUCGAAUAAGCUUUUCUACAUUACAACUACUUAAUAGGUAAAUUAUUGAUUUAGAUAAUUUAUCACUCCUUUGUUCCAGAC